AUGCGCCGUCCGCGCCCAUGUGUGUCCUGCCUGGCAGGGCAGGGAGGCGUUUAUUGCCAAGCUCUGGAAUGGCAGGUCUGUACACUCGCACCCACAUCCCCUACCGCUCUCAACCCCUCUCAACCUCGCCCCUUCUCGCUGUCACCCCUUCCCCCCCCUCGCUCCAUCUCCUCCCUGCUGCAGCCUCUCCGCUCGCCCUCCUCCCCUUUCCACCUCACCCCCUCGUUCACACCUCACUCUCCCACGUGUGACCCAUGCGCCCCUCUUCACCCAAUGCACCCCUGCGUUGCCCGUGGCCUCCACCCCGCAGGUACUUUAACUACGACAGCAGCAGCAGCAGCAACAGCAACUCCAUUCACGCGGAUCAACUCGCAGGCCAGUGGUGCGUGCAGUGGUGAGCGGGGGGGUACUGGUGGGUGCAUAGGGAUGGGUAGCGGUAGGUACCUGUGGAGCUGUGGCCUGCCGCCGCUCUUUGACUCAGCCAUGGCAUGCAAGGCUCUCCAGAUGAUAUUUGAGAACAAUGUGAUGCGGCUGGAGGGGGGCAGCAUGGGGGCAGUCAAUGGCAUGCGACCCAACGGGCAGGUGGAUGACACGUGCUUGCAAUCACGGGAGGUGUGGACAGGUGUCACAUACGGAUUGGCUGCCACAAUGAUCUACGAGGGCAUGCAUUCACAGGCCUUUCGCACGGCGCAGGGCAUUCACCAGGCGGGCUGGGAUGAGCUAGGGUGA